CCCUCCCCCACCCCAUCCCCCCUCCCUUGCGAUCCUCAUGAAAAAUCACAUCUGGGGCAGCACCCCGCGGGCUCCCAUGGCUGCGGCGAUGCCGUGGAAGAGCGCGGAGUGGCUGCAGGAGGAGCUGGAGUCGAGCGGGGGCAGCUCGCUGCUGCUGCUCGACUGCCGCCCGCACGAGCUCUUCGAGUCGUCGCACAUCGAGACCGCCAUCAACCUGGCCAUCCCGAGCCUGAUGCUCCGGCGCCUCAAGAAGGGCAACCUGCCCAUCCGCUCCAUCAUCCCCAACAACGAGGACAAGGAGCGCUUCGCCAAGCGCUGCAAGGCGGACACCGUCCUGCUCUACGACGAGGCCACGGCCGAGUGGCAGCAGGACAGCGGCGCCCCCAGCUCCGUCCUCGGGCUCCUGCUGCAGAAGCUGCGCGACGACGGCUGCAAGGCGUUCUACCUCAAAGGUGGAUUCAACAAAUUUCAGACAGAAUAUUCGGAGCAUUGUGAAACCAAUCUUGACACUUCAUCUCCUACGAAUUCUCCUCCUACAUCAGUCCUUGGUCUCGGAGGCCUGAGGAUCAGCUCCGAUUGUUCGGAUGGGGAAUCGGACAGGGAGCCUAGCAGUGCCACGGAAUCCGAUGGGAGCCCGGUCCCAAACAACCAGCCAGCCUUUCCUGUCCAGAUUCUUCCCUAUUUAUACCUGGGUUGUGCCAAAGAUUCCACCAACUUGGAUGUCUUGGGCAAAUACGGCAUCAAGUACAUCCUGAACGUUACUCCCAACCUCCCCAACAUGUUUGAGCACGACGGAGAAUUCAAGUACAAACAGAUUCCCAUCUCGGAUCACUGGAGUCAGAAUCUCUCCCAAUUCUUUCCCGAGGCCAUUGCUUUCAUUGAUGAGGCCCGUUCUAAGAAAUGUGGCAUUUUGGUUCACUGCCUAGCCGGCAUCAGCAGGUCUGUAACGGUAACUGUUGCCUAUUUAAUGCAAAAGCUCAACUUGUCUCUCAAUGAUGCCUAUGACUUUGUAAAAAGGAAAAAGUCCAACAUUUCCCCAAACUUUAACUUCAUGGGCCAGCUCCUGGACUUUGAAAGAACUUUGGGGCUCAACAGCCCGUGUGACAACCGCUCCCCCACCGAACAGCUCUACUUCACCACUCCAACCAAUCACAACUUGUUUCCACUGAACACUUUGGAGUCUACAUGAAGAGGAUUUUCUUUGGGGGAAACUCCCCCCCCCCAAGCCUUGAAUCGCUUCUCUUUGAGCAUUUCAAAUCCAUUAAGCGGAAAGUCUUUCCAGCCAGCCUUGAAAGAACUGGUUUCUCCAAGCAGAGCUGUCUGAAUUGCUGCUUUACUGAAAAGGCUUGUGCCAUUUAUUAGUAUUCUGAUGCUAAAUCAAAAUGGGUUCAGAGGAGUUACCUUAUCAGAGUUACUUAAUGUGGGGGAUGGCCUGGCAUUCUGAACACAGCUGUUACUGGCAAUAGCUGCUUUCCUGGGUGUGUAUAGACUGACAUGACACACACCGCACACACAUGCAAACACACACAUUCAUGUAUCACACACGCACACGUUAAGAACGACUUGUGUGUGUUUGCUCGGUGUGGAAAGCAAAGGAGACUCAUGCACUUGGCAACCUUGAUCAAUAAGUGUUGGCCUGAGACUGUUGUUUUAAAACCCAGUUUACUUUUUUAAAAAAACAAGAAAAGAAAAGGAGGUAAUCUUUACUCUUUCUUGGGUUCAAGCUCUUUUUAAAUAUGUAUGUACCUGACAGUUUGUACAGACAAGGUUGCAAAACCAGUAUUUUAUUCUGUUCUUGUUCGAGUUCAUGUUUUUAGAUAAAAGACGAGGAAAAAAAAUCAAAAUGUUUCUAUUGACCAAAUGCAUUUUGCACACUUUGUAAAGCCUUGAUAUAUUCUGGCAUGUUACUGGGUACUUGGGAGCGAGAGAGAGAGAGAGAGUAAAUGAGAGAGAGAGAGAGAGAGAGAGAGAGAGAGAGAGAGAGAGGAGGGCACCUGUUGCUGCUGCUUGUUAGCAUUUGGUUGGCGUUUUCAUGACUUGUGAGGGCCAGUUGGUGAUAAUACCACUCUCUGCCAUGCCCACAUUCACAAUCUCUUCUGCACUGAAUCAGCCAAGGUGACUAAGCGCCAUUGUGCUUUCUUAAAAACACCACCUUUUGCCAAAAAAAACACAACAACUCGCCCCUACCCUGCACCCGUUGCCCUCUGGACCCCAGUUUGAUGCUACCUGAGUCUUCUCCAUCCGAGCUGGUAGAGUUAUGUUUCGAGGCUCUUAGCUGCUCUGCGCAGCCUAUUAUGACUGUUAACAUCACCCAGCUGGCCUGAAAUCAUUCCAGUUUCUGAAGCAAUGAAAAUACUUUCAAUGAUGUUGGCAUUUAUCCAGCGCACUUAAUUCUGUGUGUGUGUGUGUGUGUGUGAAUUUGUGUAUGUGUGUGUGUGUAGGGAGGAGCGCAGCUGAGAGGUGUGAGAAGAAUCAGCUGAUUCUGCUAUUUUAAAAGACUUGAGCAGAGCAGAGACGUUUUGGUACAUAACCAGUGGACAACUCUCAUAUGAACCACAGGAGGGCAUGGAAUUAUGCUGUUUAGAAAAGGGGCCUGGAAACGUGGAUUUUUUUUUUUAAAGCCCAUUUGACCUCUCUGGUGAACUUUUUUUCUGGGUGACUUCUUUGCUGUGCCUUCUACAACAAGAAGACUUGUUUAUAUUUCUCACUAAUGUAUUAUACUGGAAGAGGGAGAAGCGGUGCUUAUUUCCCCCCACUCCCAGGAUGAGGGCAUGACGGGCAUGGGAAAACUUCAUUGCCUGCAAUGUAGCCCCUCCCUUCUUCUCAUCUCCCUUUCCACUUUCACUCUCAAAGUAACUUUUUAAAAGCCACGGAGUCCCCCCCCCCUCAAAAAUUCAGUUUUUAUACUCCCCCCCCCAAAUAAAUAAAUCUCUAUGUGGAAGAAUGUUUUAAUGCUGUGGCAUCACAGAACUGGUAUGUGUGCGUGUGUGCGUGUAUAUUUUUUAAGAAACAUUACCAGAAUAUCGGAAUGAUUUUUGUCUUUUUUUGUUGUUGGUGGUUUUGUUCGUUUUUGUUUCUUUUUUUUAUGUUAGCAUUGUUGGGGUUGCUGGGUCAUCGGGGCAGGAAAUGUAGAGUGCUUUGUGUGUGGAUGAGCAAGCAAAUGCGGAAUCUCCUAACUGAAUCUUACCUCAAGGAGGAAUUUUUAUUUUUUUCAGGGAUUUAGACAGUGCAUCUGUAUCUUGUUAAGCUGGUUUGCAUAAAGGCUUCCUGUGCCAAUGGUGGUCUUUUUUUAAAAAGAAAGAAAGAAAGAAAGAAAAAAGAGAGAUGCAUCCUCUUCGUAUAAAUGAGAAUUUGUUAGCGAGGGACAGUUUUGCUUUCUGUGUUUAUGAAGGAAAAAUGUGUGACCCUAUAUAUCCUGAACCCAAUACUGGGACUUUGUUUAUAUUGCAAAUAAAUAUUAUUUUUUCUUUAAAACCA